AUGGCUCGUAUCAAAGUUACCUCCGCUGCCUGUCUUCAAGGUCAUCUUUACUAUCCUACUAACAUGAAUAUCGUCGAGUGGGCAUUCGGAAAGCGCAUGACGCCAGCAGAGCGCCUGCGCAAACACCAGAGGGCUCUUGACAGGACACAGCGUGAACUUGACCGGGAGCGGGUCAAACUGGAGAAUCAGGAGAAGAAGUUGAUUCAGGAUAUCAAAAAGAAUGCUAAGAAUGGUCAGAUAGGAGCCUGUAAGAUCCAGGCCAAGGACCUGGUUCGGACAAGAAGGUAUAUCCAGAAAUUCUACCAGAUGCGAACACAGCUACAGGCCAUUUCCCUUCGAAUUCAGACCGUUCGGAGCAAUGAACAGAUGGUGCAGUCCAUGAAAGGCGCAACGAUGCUACUCGGGAGCAUGAAUCGACAGAUGAACCUUCCCGCGCUCCAGCGAAUCGCGAUGGAAUUUGAACGAGAAAAUGAUAUUAUGGAUCAGCGACAAGAGAUGAUGGAUGAUGCGAUUGACGAAGCCACCGGAAUGGAAGGAGAGGAGGAAGAAGGGGAAGAUAUCGUCAAGGAGGUAUUGGAUGAAAUUGGCGUAGACUUGAACCAAGCGCUGGGCGAGACUCCCACCGACAUACAGAAGACCGCGGUUGCUGAGAAUCGGGUUGCUCAGCCAGUGGGUGCUGGGGGGACUACAAGCGAUGAUGAUCUGCAAGCACGACUUGAUAGCCUCCGUCGUUGA